AUGCAUGUCAACCCCACGAAAUUCCAUACCUUCACUGACAUGCAAGGAUGCAAAGCUGUUGCAGUAGUAAGGCUGGAAACAGCUCAACAACACAACAUAAUCCGACAUGUUACAUACAACCAAGAAACUGGGGAUUAG